AUGGCGGAGGUUCCUGGGACGUCAAGUGAGACGAUCACGGAGACUGUUCAAACCAGCACACCGCCACCGCCCCAGCAGGAGGGGCGCAGUUUAACCAUCAAAUUAAGAAAGAGGAAAACCGAGAAAAAGGUGGAAUGGUCCAGUGACACAGUCGACAACGAGCACCUCGGGAGGAGAUCUUCCAAAUGCUGCUGCAUUUAUGAAAAGCCUCGACAGUUCGGCGAGUCGUCCUCCGAAAGCGAAGGAGACGAUGACAACGAAGGGUGCGGAAGCGCACACUGUAUCCUGGGCCACGGACGGAGGGAUCACGGACAGACGGGGGGCGGGGGAGCUACGGCGCCCCCAAAGUCCGGGAGGUCACAUGCUCAUUAG